CAGAUGAAAAAGAAAGGAACGGCCCUACUAAACUGCAAUCCAUCAUCUUGCUUCUCCAAGUGGUGGUUGCACAGCUGCACUCCCCCAAAAUGGAACAACUACUACUACUUCCUCCGGCCGCCGCCGGCCGCCGUCUUGGCCUUGUUUUGGGCCGCUUGGUCCUCCUAUUAGCCAUCAUUCCUUCCAAUCAUUGUCACCGGCAUUUCCCGGUAUCGGCGGAGGAAGAUGGGAAUGUCAACCGCAGCAGUUUCCCGGCGGGCUUCGUCUUCGGAGCUGGCUCAAGUGCCUACCAGUACGAAGGAGCAGCAAAUGUUGACGGGAGGGGCCCAAGUAUCUGGGAUGUUUUCACUAACAAAUACCCAGGAAGGAUAGAUGACGGCAACAAUGGCGACAGAGGAGUGGAUUUCUAUUAUCGCUAUAAGGAAGACAUCAAACUCAUAAAGGAUGUGAAUAUGAACGGAUUCAGAAUCUCCAUCUCAUGGUCUAGAAUAUUACCAACUGGAAGGAUUAGUGGAGGAGUGAAUGAGAAAGGGAUCAUGUUCUAUCACAACCUUAUCGACGAGCUUCUUUCAAACGGUAUUGAGCCUUUUGUAACAAUCUAUCACUUUGAUCUUCCCCAAGCUCUGGAAGAAGAGUACGGUGGCUUCUUAAGCCCGCGCAUUGUUGACGAUUACAAAGAAUUCGCAGAGCUGUGUUUCAGAGAGUACGGUGGGAAAGUGAAGAAGUGGAUCACAAUCAACGAGCCAUGGACGAUCAGCAUCUUCGGAUACGAACAGGGGAUUUUCGCCCCGGGUCGAUGCUCCGACUGGGUCAACCCGGCAUGCCAGGCCGGAGACUCUGCUACUGAACCUUACAUUGUUUCCCACCAUGUCCUCCUUUCUCAUGCCUCUGCCGUCAACCUUUACCGCCAAAAAUUUCAGAAGCGCCAAAAUGGGGAGAUCGGGAUAGUGUUGAAUUGUUUCUGGAUGUUGCCUUACUCCAACUCCACAGUCGAUAAGGCGGCGGCAGAAAGAGCUGUCGAUUUCGUCUUUGGCUGGCAUAUGGAACCCAUAACCUUUGGGAGGUAUCCCAAGUCCAUGGAAGCUAACGUUGGGGAGAGACUGCCAAAUUUCACCGAGGAACAAUCGUUGAGGUUGAUUGGAUCCUAUGAUUUUGUUGGGGUUAACUACUAUUCUUCAUUUUAUGCUAUGGAAAGCAAGAUGGCCGACCAAAAUAGGCUUAGAUACCAGACGGAUUCCCUUACCGAAUGGAAGUGUAAGUAUUUGGCAUCAAUUCUCACUGAGAAAGAUGGUAUUCCGAUUGGACCUCAUGGUGCAUUGUUUUGGCUGAACGUGUAUCCACAAGGAAUUCGGGACGUUAUGAACCAUGUCAAAAGCAAAUACAACAAUCCACCUAUGUAUAUAACCGAAAAUGGGCUUGACGAAGAGGCAGAGGGAAUUACAGUGGAAGAAUCCCUCCAUGAUCCUAAGCGAACACAAUACAUCAAGACCCAUCUUCUCCAACUUCAGAAAGCCAUCAAGGACGGGGCAAACGUAAGAGGGUAUUUUGCGUGGUCGUUUCUUGACAACUACGAGUGGUGUAAUGGCUACGCGGUUAGGUUUGGGCUUCACUAUGUUGAUUAUCAGAAUGGGAUGAGACGUGUCCCGAAGCACUCUGCCAACUGGUUUGCAGACUUCCUCCUCCAUUCCAACCACAGUACCACCGCCGCCGCCGACCGUCAUCUCCGCCUCACGCAGCCACAGGGAUCCUCGUGCUCUUCCUAGCUUGUCAUUCCGAUGUAUGUUUGGAAGCCCAACCGGUCUCAAAUAUUUCAGAAAGGUGGGAGGAAAUGGGGCGGCCGGCGAGGGUUUAUCAACCAAAAUGGGAAGAAUUACACUCUUUGUUUGACCUAGUUCUUUUGAUAGUGAACUAGCUUGUGGGAGAUGUAGACAAAUGAUGAAACUACUCCAUGCUUGACCCAGUUCUUUUGAUAGUGAACUCAGCAUGGUGAAAUUCCUUGACGUCUUGGAUGAGACUGAUCCGACUUCAUGUUUGACCUAGUUCAACAAUAGUGAACUCCACAUGGCGGAAUUACCUUGAUGUCUUGGAUGAGACUGG